AUGGGUCCUCUUAUGUGCACCGUAAUGUUGUACCAUCUCGACAAAUACUACCGAAAUGUAUCCAAUGCGCUUAUUGGACAUUUCUUUGAGCCCCACAGAGACGUGGUAUUGAUAACUGGUGGAGGGAUGGGGCUAGGUAAGGAGAUUGCCAAGAACGUCUCAGAAAAGGGUGCCCAAACGGUGGUGUUGGACUUGAAAUUACCCACAGUGCAAGAUCAAUUGGAGAAUGUUAAAUAUUAUCAAUGUGACGUCAGUAAUUGUGAACAAGUGAUCGAAGUGUCAAAGAGAAUCGGUCUUGAAGUUGGUGUGGUCACCGUCCUCAUCAACAAUGCUGGGAUCACCCAUGGGAAGUCUAUAUUGGAUUUAAAUUAUGAUGAAAUCGAGAAAACCAUCAAGGUUAACCUUUUAUCUAGUUUUUAUACCAUCAAGGUGUUUCUACCGGGAAUGAUUAAAAACUCCCGGGGUUACAUCGUCACCAUUGCCUCAGUCUUGGGGUAUAUGUCCCCGGCACGAUUGAGUGACUACGGAGCUUCCAAGUCUGGUCUCAUUGCCCUACACGAACUGUUAACCUAUGAGUUGGGUCCACCAUCGCUAAACCCCAAUGGUAUCAAGACUCUUUUGGUAUGUCCGGGACAGAUCAAAACAAGAAUGUUCAGUUCCGUUCUGUCUCCUUCCUCAUUGUUUGCCCCAGAAUUGGAACCCAAAUUCGUUGCCAAAAAAGUUGUCAAGGCGUUGGAAUUGGGGAGAAGAGGUGAAAUGAAACUACCAUUGUAUGGGAACUUGAUCCCCAUAAUGCGUGCAUUCCCAUGGCCCGUGGUUGAGUUUCUACGGAACGUAUCUGGCAUGGAUCAAAGUAUGACUACGUUCAAGAAUGCUGUUUCCAACCGAAUUGGUUCCCGUACCACCUCAGAAAUGACGUCGUUGCUAGGAGCAGAGUAG